AUGACGAUCUCCAAUGAGAGGCGACAUGGAAAAUCAUACCACAGCGUUGAAGAAGAACAUCUUAGGAUGAACAUUUUUUCACACCAUCUGAAAAUGAUCGAAGAGCAUAACGCCAAAUUCGAAGCUGGUCUGGUUACUUACUCAAUGGCCAUGAACCGUUUAGGAGAUAUGCUCCCAGAAGAAGUGGCUCAGUUGGGAUUCAAUGGAAGAAAUGAGAUGAGGCAAGUACCUAACUUCACAUUCCUUCCUCCCGCUAACGUGGAAAUCCCAAAGUCAAUUGAUUGGAGGCAAUCUGGAGCAGUCACUCCUGUUAAAGACCAAGAUGUGUGUGGAGCUUGUUGGGCUUUCAGCAGUACUGGAGCCAUAGAGGGUCAGCUUUUCAGAAAGACUGGAAAACUCGUCUCUCUCAGUGAACAGCAGCUUAUAGAUUGUUCAAGGAGUUAUAAUAAUAGUGGGUGUAAAGGCGGAUUAAUGUACAAAUCCUUCAACUAUCUGAAGGAUGUUGAAGGAUUAGAAAGCGAAGAUUCAUAUCCUUAUAAAUCGAUGGAUAACAGAUGUAGAUAUAAGAAAAACAAUAUAGUACCAGGAACCAAAGUCCAAGCUUACACUUACAUCCAGUCCAUGGAUGACGACGCCCUCAAGGCAGCCGUAGCUACAGUUGGACCCAUCUCAAUUGCAGUCACUGCUGGAAACCCAGGUUUCAAGUUCUAUAGAAGAGGUUACGGAUCUGAUAACGGCGAAGAUUACUGGCUGGUCAAGAACUCCUGGGGAACAGAAUGGGGAGAGAAUGGUUUCAUGAGGUUGACAAGAGCCAAGAAAAACGCCUGUGGUAUUUCAUCUAUGGCCAUCUAUCCAAUUCUGCAAUAA